UGAAAAAUUCAUGAGUAAUUUUUUGCGGGUUAAAUCCCCAAUUUAUUUUUAUUUCAGAUGAACGAGAUUUUGCUAAAGCUAUAAACUUUCGGUGAACCUUAAAUUUUGCAUAUAUACUUCGUGGUUGGCUCGCGUAAAUAACGCUUCAAUGGCUUCCCACCUGCUGAGGCGCGUCCUCGGAACCCGCUCCAACCAGAUCAUCUCCUCGACCAGCCCGGCAUCACCACUUGCGGCCGCGGCUAGGCUUUUAUCGUCGGUUACAGCUCCGAUCACGGUCACCCUUUUCCCCGGAGACGGUAUUGGGCCCGAGAUAGCGGAGUCCGUCAAACAGGUGUUUAGAAAAGCUGAAGUACCGAUUGUAUGGGAAGAACAUUAUGUUGGAACGGAAAUUGAUCCGAAAACACAGAGCUUUUUAACGUGGGAAAGUUUGGAAUCAGUGUGUCGAAACAAGGUCGGGUUGAAAGGUCCAAUGGCUACACCAAUUGGGAAAGGCCAUCGUUCUUUGAAUCUUACUUUAAGGAAAGAGCUUAACUUGUUUGCCAAUGUUAGACCUUGCUACAGUCUGCCUGGCUAUAAGACUCGUUAUGAUGAUGUUGAUCUCAUCACUAUACGUGAAAACACUGAGGGAGAGUACAAUGGACUUGAGCAUCAAGCGAAAACUCCCUGUUCAGCAUCGUCUAUCUCUAUCACCAUCAACGUCCCUGACCAAAGCCACGACGUUUAGUCUCUCACUACCGAAAGGAAAUUUGUUGUCGAAAUGGUCAAUGCAGUGAUUAGUGGAGUUCUUGAUUCAUUGAUUAGUGGGUUGGAGCUUCACAAUUCAAGGAGAAGGGGAGUUCUCCUAUUUCAUACUUACUAUCGUUGAAGAGGCAAAAAUCGUUGAAGGGGGACUUCUUGAUUCAUUGAUUAGUGGGUCGACUGUUGCCUAGGUUUAAUGAAACUUAGAGCCGCUAUGGCGAUUACGAAAUGAGUUUUUUUUUCCUCUUUCAGACCCAUGUUUGAGUAGGGUUGAUGUUGUUUCCAAAAUUUUAUAUUUAUAUGUAAAGAUUUAAAUUAUAAUUAUUUGUAUUGUUACAGGAAAUUGAUGAAGAGAAUUGUUCUUUUCAAUCAACCCUACUCAUAUGUAAAGAUUUUGAUUUCGUCUGAGCCCAAGGAGACGAUUGAUGGAGCGAUUUUCGAUUUGAUUUCAUCUCUUUCGAGCAAAGCGAACAAUGGUGUGUAUAAAUUAUUAGUCUAAGACAUUAACUAUGGUACUAAUUAAGACAUAUACACUUUUUUCGUAGUAUACACUUUGAUUUCUUCAGAUGUGAACCUGAUUUACUUUAGGUUUAGCUUUGGAAAUUACUUGGUCUUCUUCUUAUUUGUAUAAAGCAUUUUAAAGUUACUUGUGUAAUACAUAUCAUUUUAUGAUCGUUGUGAAUUAUCCUUUAAACUCUAUGUAUAAGGUUUUUUAGUCUUCUGGUUACAUUAAGAUAGCAUAAGAAUGUAAUUUAUGAUUCUUAUUAAUUCACAACUAUUUUCUUCUGUUAGUA